AUGUCUACGACUCUCCCGCUUUUUUGGAAUCUCUCUUCAUCAUCCAAGAAAGAGCGCAUCGAUGCCUCUGUCAAGCUCAUCUCGUCACUAGAGCAGUUCCAGGAACAAUUUGCUAAGGACUCUUCAGAUACUUCCGAGGAUGAAAGCCAGGAGGACAACAACGUCGACCCUUUAGACAAGUACAAUGCGCAUGAUGUGUCAUAUUCCGUACGACGUCUUGUUCGUGGGCUGGCGAGUCCGAGGGAGAGCAGCAGAUUAGGGUUUUCGGUUGCGUUGACAGAGCUUCUGUCUAGAAUCCUGACGUUCACAUGUGCACAAAUACUAUCACUGAUCAUGGAUGCUACAAAAACUCAAAAAUCCAUGACUGGACAGGAAGAGAGAGAUGUCCUGUUUGCUCGUCUUUUUGGAAUCACCGCUGUCAUUCAGUCAGGUUUAUUUGUUCGGACGGACCCUUUACCGGAAUCUGCAUCUUCCUCCACCUCUGCAUCAUCCCUACAGAGCUUCAAGGAUAUUGUAUCAGAAUUGAUUGCGCUCGGAGAGAAGAAAAGCUGGCUUCGGGAAAGUGCUUGGUGGACAAUUCUUCUAGCAUCAGAAGCCCUCAACUCGUCGAGUGUUCCUUGGAAGGAGGAGGGUUUAGGUUAUUCCAUCGAGACGACCUUGGGCAGCGACUCUCAGUGGACGUCUGAAAAGGUGGCGCUGAUGCUCAAACUCCAGCAUCUGUGUCCCGAUCACGAUUGGCGGAAAUACACCUCUCCGAUGUUCAAAAAUCCAGAGUUGCUCAGCACUGGAAAUUACCACGCUCUCGGACAGAUACUAAAGGAUAUUGAUGAUGAAGAAAGUCACUCCAAAUCUUCCGGAAGCUCAUGGAAACCCGAGUUGAAUUUUGUCUGGGACAUAAUAUUCGAUUAUCUGCUUCCCAGUUCAGGGUCUAAUCAGCAGGCGAAGGGGACUUUCCCGGAAUUUUUCAGGAUAGUUGUUGAUGAGUGUCUGUUCUCCUCCACGUCCUCUCCGGAACGAAAGUACUGGGGUUUCCAAGUUUUCCAAAAGGCUUUGCCACGAGUACUGGCCGAUGAUAUUCCUAUGAUCUUUACGAAAAAUUUCAUGCGUACGUGGAUCAACCACUCGUCUAAACCAGAUAGAUAUCUGCACAAAGCCGCUAAACAAACUGCUAUUGGAGUAUCCAAUUUCGUGAAGGAGAGGCCGCAGCUGGGUAUGGGACUGAUCGUUCAGCUUACUGGCGUAAAUGGCAGUCGACAGUUUGACCAGUUGACCAAAACGAAAACCGUCGAAUCGAUCCUUUCUUCGAUGAAUGCGGAUGGCAUUACUCACUACGUGGACCAUCUAAUUUCCCAAUUCAAUGGGAAUGAAGGUAUAGACAAAGAUGACACAGAAGGCAUCAAUGCACGUAGAUCUUGGGUCAUGGAUCAGCUUGUCGCGCUAGUUAAAAAUGGCUCAAUACCCAGACGAGAUGACUGGAUCCGACAGAUCCUGGAGUGGUUUGUGGUUAAUGGGUUCUUCAUUGUACGGAAACCCGCUAAGCAGAAUUCGUAUCGUGGUACGGACUACGUACUCAAGCCGCCGCUAUCCGAUGCUCUCAGGCUGUAUAGUCGCAGUCGACUCUUGGCCUGUCUUUCCGAUCUCACAAGUCAGACCUUCACAAUAACUAACGAGGACGGAACGAAAACUUUAAAAUCUUCGGCCAUGUCCUCCGAUGGAGACUAUUGGAUACACAAAGUUGUUACAACAAUUGAAGGACUAGAGAAAGAUAAGAACGUGUCGUACCUUUUGGAACCCGACGAAGAGGUCCAGGCUCUUCGAACGAAAGCCAAAGAAUUAGAUGCCCAUCUGAGAAAGGUCACUUCCGGCAAUGACGCGGCGCAAGGCUGCCAACUGCUACUUUUGGGGCUAGUGGCGCACGAAUAUUGUACUAAUGAAGAAGAUGAAACCGCAGUAGAAACUCUGGAGUCAUGCAUCGACUUCGUGGAACGCCUGUUUCCUCGCAACAAGACCGGCAAGAAGAGCAAGAAGAAGGCCGCCAAGGUCGAUGGUGACGAUGAAGACGCUCCGGAACCUAUCGAUGGGUUAAUAGACAUUAUCAUUGGUCUGUUAGAGAAGCCUAGUGGAUACCUGCGAAUUAUCGCGAAUCACGCCUUUGCGUCUUUAACAGAUUUAGUGAAAGAGAGCACCGUCGAUCUUAUUCUUACACAACUUGAAUCUCGAGAUCUCAAUGCCGAAGAUUCAGAAGAUGCAACGACUCUGACAUGCGAGGAACAGAGUGCUGAUGAGGCAAGCGAGGAUGAUGCUGAAGAGGAAGUGGACGACGAGCUUCGGAGUAAAAUCCUGGAGGCCCUGAAAAUGAACGGCGUGGAGCCUGUCACUGGCGAUACAGAUGAUGAUGAGAUGCUGAUGGACGAUGAUCAAAUGCUGGCACUCGAUGGGCAACUCGCGGAGGUCUUCAAGUCCCGAAUGCAAGUAGGGAAGACGUCUAAAGAUGUCGAUGCACAACGUGAAGCUACCCAUUUCAAAAACAGGGUGCUCGACUUGGUCGAUCUGUUCCUCAAGAAGCUGCCUUCAAGUCCCCUUGUGAUCAAUCUCAUCCUGCCUCUGGUCGACCUGAUCGUUUCCUCUGGCACCGACGAGAAGCAGCUCUCUGACAAGACCCAGGGCAUUCUCCGAUCCCGUAUAACAAAAGCCAAGGAUAUACCUACUUGCCCCUCACGUUCAUCAGAACUAUUGGCCAUCCUGAGCUCUUGCAGCCUAUAUCUGGCCAAGGUCGUGGCGGCUCAACAGGGUGCAGAGCAGGUGCUUGAUACGUAUCGGGAAUCCCUUGUUGAUUUCUUGACCCGCAAAAAUUCCGCUUUGAAUCUCAACUUUUUCCAAGAUCUCAUCAUGCGGAUACCGGCGCUUGGAUGGAGUUUACGCCAGGAUCUUAUUGACUUGUCCAAAAAAGCGAUCAAUUUGCCGAAAUUUGAGAAAUCAGACGCGGACGUGGUAGCAUUCAUGACAGCGUUGCGUGAAGCAUUACAUGAGUUUAUAAAUGAUGCAUGCGACGGCAAGACAUCCGUCAACGCGGCUCAGAUGAAAGAUCUAUUCAAACUGGUGUUGCUGUCGAUAAAACAAACAUCUCGCCUCUCUUCAUCACCAGAUAUCGACGCCAUCUGGGCGUCGUCGAGUUGGGAAAAGUUGUCAGACAAGUUGUCUGCUUCGGGAUUCAAGUCGUCGACUUCUAUCCACGCGAUGUGCAAUGAGGUGGUAAAGCAGGCCAAGAAUGAGCAUACUGGAGAGAAGGAAGAGUCGAUGGGAAACAAGAGGAAGAGGGAUGGUGUAGAUGCGACUACUAAACGCAAAAAGAAGAAGAAAUCUCAGUCCUAG